GACCAUUCUAUUUAUCGUUACAGCUAUACAUACUUUGUGGUUAAGUUUUUUGAUACGUUUUUACUUUGAACUAAGCAAAGAUAUCUAAAAUGGAACAUGCGAAUGGUAUUGCCCCGAGCCUUCAUAAUGGGCUGGAGAACUCAGUUGGAGACAGAGGUGCUGCACCUAACAAACAAUACAAGAGAGGUCCAACAGCCAGAGUGUUUGUAAACAGAAGCUUAAGCCUUGACAAGAUUAAGUUCUUUGGGUUUGAUAUGGACUACACACUUGCUGUUUAUAAAUCACCUCAAUACGAAGAACUUGGCUUUGAACUUGCAAGAGACAGACUCAUUCACUGUGGCUACCCUGAAGAACUGAAGAGGUAUAUUUACGAUCCUGGAUUUGUUCUUAGAGGAUUAAUUUUCGACAGAGAACUUGGACACAUGUUAAAGGUUGACACAUAUGGAAACAUCUUAGUCUGCACUCAUGGCUUCAAGUUUCUUAAAACGUCUGAGGUCAUGGAAGAUUACCCGAAUAAAUUUAUCCAGCUUGGAGACACAAGUCGUUACUACAUCUGCAACACUUUGUUUAAUUUACCGGAGAUUUAUCUACAAGCUUGCGUCAUUAACUACUUCUGCACAACUGAAGGAUACGUCAAGAAGAGACAAGGUGUACAGAGAGGAAACCUUGUGAUGUCAUAUGCUACAAUACACACUGAUAUAAGAGCUGCUGUUGAUUUUGUUCAUGUAAAUGGUGAAUUGAAAAGCAAAACAAUUGAAGAUCUCGAUAAAUACGUCGUAAAGGAACCAAAACUUCCGCUGCUCCUGGAUCGGAUGCGGGAGCAUGGAAAAGUCUUCCUUGUCACUAACAGUGACUUUGAAUAUACAAAUAAAAUGAUGACAUAUUUGUUCGACUUUCCACAUGGGCCCCAGAACACAAAGCCAAAUGAACCACAUCGACCAUGGUCGUCAUAUUUUGAUGUCGUUCUCGUAGAAGCGAGAAAACCAAAGUUUUUCGGGGAGGGGACAGUUCUUCGUAAAGUUGACAUGGAAACGGGAAAGUUACACAUCGGACAUUACACAGGAACUUUAAGAAAAGGAGCCGUUUACUCUGGAGGUUCAUCUGACGCAUUGUGUGAUAUGAUGAACGCAAAAGGAAAGGAGAUUCUCUAUAUUGGUGAUCAUAUCUUCGGAGACAUCUUGAAAUCGAAGAAGAGACGAGGUUGGAGGACAUUCCUUGUUGUUCCUGAGAUGUCCCAUGAACUUGCCAUCUGGUUGGAGAAAAAGGAUCUUUAUCAUCGAUUAAAUGAACUGGAUUCAAUGAUUGGAGAGAAGUACAGAGAAAUUUUUCCACAUCUCGGUUAUGGAGAAGACACUUCAUCAAUAAACUUGGACAGUGCUUCAUGUGAACGUCCCAACAUUCAUUCACUACAGGACAGUAUAAGAAGUGUAGUGCAUGAGAUGGAUAUGGCGUUUGGAACUUUUGGAAGUUUGUUUAGAAGUGGAUCAAGACAAACAUUCUUUGCAAGUCAAGUGACAAGAUAUGCAGACCUGUACGCAUCUUCAUUCAUAAACCUUCUCUAUUAUCCCUUCUGCUAUUUCUUUAGGGCACCUGCUGUAUUGAUGCCACAUGAGUCUACUGUUGAUCACGAUAGUCAGUAUGACAUCACAGAGGAAAGUCCAAUGGCAAGUCGUAACAUAAAUUCAAAUAACUUUGAACAUCUUAAACUUGAAGAAUUGCCAAGUCAGCAAAUGUGCCGAUCAACUGAAAUCACGCACACUCAUGAUGAUGAUGAUGAGUCAGACGAAUAAAAUUACUCGUGAAAAAAUUGAAAAUUACUUUUUUCAAAAACUAUAAUUUUUUUAUUUAUUUUUUUACCGAAACGAUCAAAUAUAAAUUCUUUUCAGGCAUGUCCGUACUUUAUGUUAACGUUAAUUAGCACAAUCUGAGCUUGCUAAAUUGUAGUAAAAAGACAAAUCCAAGUAGACAUCCAUGCACUUAUAUGCAUUGUGUAUAAAUAUAUUCUAUGUAAGUUGCUGUUAUUGACCAAGUGCAAUUUAUUAAUGGUAUAAUUGAGAACCCUCAAAAUUGAUUGCAAAAAAUACUGCAACAUUAAUUUGUGAGUCAAUUUGUAGUGCGUAGUCUUCCUAUAUAACUUAUACAUAUCAAUAAACUAACAUUACUACAUAUGUAAAUUAGCAAGUGUCAUAGUUUGACGAUUUUAUGCAUUUUCAUCAUAGAUUUGGCAUACAUUGUGUUUUCUGUCCUGUUUUGCAACUUGACCUAUAUUUUGGAAAAUUGAUGUUGAAUUUUUACAGAGCACUUGCCACAAGGAAAUAAAAAAGUUUCCUAUAU